GGCCUCUCUAAUUUGACACUCAGUUGCACCAAACAAACCAUGCAACAACCACACAACUGGCCGACACGUGUCUUCACGACGUGUAUACUUUAUCCAAUGGAUGCUCGUUUUCGGUUCGACCCGUUGUUUUCGCACACGUGUCGCCUUCCCGCCCCCUGAAAGGAUAGAAAUCUCAUGCACCCUAUUGUGAUGAUGCUUACUGAUAAAGCAGCUCAUUGUUCACCAAACAACUUGCCUCGUCCACUCAUUUUUUUUUUUAACUUUUAUUUUAUUUCAAUUAUUAAUUUUUCAUUUCAUUUUCUGCAUGCUUCCAUUAUAUAAAUGUAUCUUUAGCUUGAACCCAAAAAAAUUAUGUAUGUCUAUGUGCAUUUUAUUUUUGAGAUAUAUAUAGGAUAAUUUCUUGAUUUCAUUUUUGUUAUUACAUGAUAAUCAAUAAUAUGGGAGAAUUGAAGCUUCAUGGUUUCACCAUGAACGUUAUUGAUUAUGAUGAAAAUUGUUCACCAUCAUCAUCCAUUUCAUCUAUUGGGCAAGAAUCGACGGUCUCAAAUGGAUCAUCGAUAUCCUCGUCAGAUGUGGCGGAUGAUGCAUCAUCGUCAUCAUCGUCUUUCUGUGCGAAUUCGAGCCGAGCUUUGUAUGACCUGUCAGAAAUAAUGGAAGAAUUGCCUAUCAAAAGAGGGCUAUCAAAAUUUUACAAGGGGAAAUCAGAGUCUUUCACAUCACUUUCAAGGGUGACAAGCAUUGAGGAUUUGGCUAAGAAAGCAACUCCAUAUAGAAGGAAUUUGAAGGCUUCUAAGAGCAUUGGGACUGGUUUGCAUAGCUGCAAGUCUUUUACUCUACCUAAGCCCAUAAUCACAAAAAAGGCCACAAGGGGUUCAUCAUUCUCUAGUAAAAGAGAAAGUUUUAUGCAAAGCAAGCCCAAUUGAGAGAGAGAGAGAGAGAGAGAUGUAUAUAGCAAAUUUGUGGGUA